CGAUUUGCCGGAGCUGCGUUCGGCUGGGCGCGCGAGGCGCGGCGGCGAGGCUCGAACCCGUGUCUGCUGAGAAUCACCUCGCGUCCGCCGGGACUCUACUGUACGAACUAUUUAAAACGAAUAAAGCAAGUCAUGGAGAAGAAUGAGAUUAACCGGAAACUUCGGGUUUGUGUUGCUACUUGCAACCGUGCUGAUUAUUCUAAACUUGCCCCAAUCAUGUUUGGCAUUAAAACGGAGCCUGAGUUCUUUGAACUUGAUGUGGUGGUACUUGGCUCUCAUCUGAUAGAUGACUACGGAAACACAUAUCGCAUGAUUGAGCAGGAUGACUUUGACAUUAACACUCGGUUGCACACUAUUGUCCGAGGGGAAGAUGAAGCGGCCAUGGUGGAAUCAGUGGGCCUGGCCCUCGUGAAGCUGCCAGAUGUCCUAAACCGCCUGAAGCCAGAUAUCAUGAUUGUUCAUGGAGACCGGUUUGAUGCCCUGGCUCUUGCUACAUCUGCUGCCUUAAUGAACAUCCGAAUCCUUCACAUCGAAGGUGGGGAAGUCAGCGGGACCAUUGAUGACUCUAUCCGACAUGCCAUAACGAAGCUGGCUCACUAUCAUGUGUGCUGCACCCGAAGUGCAGAGCGGCACCUCAUUUCCAUGUGUGAGGACCAUGACCGCAUCCUGUUGGCGGGCUGCCCUUCCUACGACAAACUUCUUUCUGCCAAGAACACCAAGAACAAAGACUACAUGAGCAUUAUCCAGACGUGGCUAGGUGAAGAUGUGAAACCCAAAGAUUACAUUGUUGCACUACAACAUCCUGUGACCACCGACAUUAAACAUUCCUUAAAAAUGUUCGAAUUAACAUUGGAUGCACUAAAGUCCUUUGACAAGCGGACCUUAGUUCUCUAUCCAAAUGUUGAUGCAGGGAGCAAAGAGAUGGUUCGAGUAAUUCGGAAGAUGGGCAUUGAACGUCAUGACAAUUUUCGAGCUGUGAAACAUGUCCCAUUUGACCAGUUUAUACAGCUGGUUGCCCAUGCUGGUUGUAUGAUUGGGAAUAGCAGCUGUGGGGUACGGGAGGCUGGAGCCUUUGGAACACCUGUGAUCAAUCUAGGAACUCGUCAGAUUGGAAGAGAGACAGGGGAGAACGUCCUUCAUGUCCGGGAUGCUGAUACACAGGACAAAAUCUUGCAUGCACUGAAGCUUCAGUUUGGCAAUCAGUACCCCUGUUCAAAGAUAUAUGGGGAUGGAAAUGCCGUUCCAAGAAUUUUGAAGUUUCUCAAAUCAAUUGAUCUUCAAGAACCACUGCAAAAGAAGUUCUGCUUUCCUCCUGUGAAGGAGAGUAUCUCUCAAGAUAUUGACCAUAUUCUUGAAACUCUAAGUGCUUUGGCUGUGGAUCUUGGUGGGACAAACCUCCGAGUUGCCAUAGUCAGCAUGAAGGGUGACAUAGUUAAGAAGUAUACCCAGUUUAAUCCUAAAACCUAUGAAGAGAGGAUUAAAUUAAUCCUGCAGAUGUGUGUUGAAGCUGCGGCAGACGCUGUAAAAUUGAACUGCAGAAUUUUGGGCGUAGGCAUUUCCACUGGUGGUCGUGUAAAUCCUCUGGAAGGCAUUGUGCUGCAUUCUACCAAACUGAUUCAAGAAUGGAACUCUGUGGACCUCAGGACCCCACUGUCUGACACUUUGCAUCUCCCUGUGUGGGUGGACAACGAUGGUAACUGUGCUGCCCUGGCAGAAAGAAAAUUUGGCCAAGGAAAAGGCGUGGAAAACUUUGUGACACUGAUUACAGGCACAGGCAUUGGUGGUGGAAUCAUCCAUCAGCAUGAAUUGAUCCACGGAAGCUCCUUCUGUGCUGCAGAACUUGGCCACCUUGUUGUGUCUCUGGACGGACCCGAUUGUUCCUGUGGAAGCCAUGGGUGCAUUGAAGCAUAUGCAUCUGGACUGGCCUUGCAGAGGGAAGCAAAAAAACUACAUGAUGAAGAUCUGCUCUUGGUUGAAGGGAUGUCAGUGCCAAAAGACGAGGCUGUGGGUGCACCCCAUCUCAUUCAGGCUGCAAAACUUGGCAACACAAAGGCCCAGAACAUCUUGAGAACGGCUGGAACGGCUUUGGGUCUUGGAAUUGUGAACAUCCUCCACACUAUGAACCCUUCCCUGGUGAUCCUCUCUGGAGUCCUCGCCAGUCACUAUAUUCAAAUCGUCAAAGAUGUCAUCCGCCAACGAGCCCUAUCCUCAGCUCAGGAUGUAGAUGUGGUAGUUUCGGAUCUGGUUGACCCUGCCCUGCUUGGUGCUGCCAGCAUGGUUCUGGACUACACCACCCGCAGGAUCUGUUAGGCCUUGCCCGAGUGCCUACAGACCAAGACUCGAGGUCUCCUUCACGGAUUCAGGAUGACUUGUAGACAAAUGUAUCUUAGAAAGCAGAUUUGGUAUUUGGCAAGUGACUCUGCUUUUUGUCUCCUGAGGUUCCCUUUCCCAGACCAAUAUGCUCUUCUGAGGUCAUUUCGGCUCAACUCAUGUAAGUACCAGUCACACAUUUCUGUGCCAAAAUGAGCUUCACAGUAGGCAAGGAAGCUUCAGGACUCUGCUGACUCUGAACCACGGAGACCAGUGGUCUUGCUUGGGGUGUAAGCUCCAUACGGGAGAUCGGAUUAAUAAUCCUUCCUUCUCCAUCCUGUGCUUAUGUGGCAGAUCAAAAUUUGAUCAGGAAAGAGAAUGAAAUCUCACCAUGAAAUGCUUUUUUUUUAAGAAGUUUUAUUGCAGGAUUUUUAAAAUUGUGUAAUUUUGAUAAACUUUGAAAUAUGUAUCUUAACUGUGAAACCAUGACCACAAUCAAGACUUGGACAUUUGUCACCUUGAUGUCACGUGUUGAAUGAUGUUAUUUACUACUCUAGCAGAACCUGUGAGCAAAUGAGAGUAGGAACUGAGUUACAGGAGUGGCCUUAGUGACCUUGUCCUUACUGUGUCUUAUGGACACAGAAACCAGC